CAAGAAGAAAAAAAAGCAGCUCCAAAGCGGCGGAGCAGAGCAUGACAGACAAACCCAGCGGAUCUCUCGUUGUGUUUGUCGGUGUUUGUGUUUACGUGAUUGUUAAUAACAAGCCGAGACCAACAGCGGACAGGUCGGUUUGAGCUCCGCCUCCUGCUUUAUGUUCAUCUCCAGUCUGGUUUUAAUUAGAAGCAGAAUGUCCACCGCUCUUCCCCGUCUUGCCAUCUGGGAGUCAGAGGAGCUGGUUGCGUACCUUCACCCCCAGCCCUGGACGCCGGGCUCUGCCGUCCUGGAGCGCCGGGCCCCAGGCGGGCCAGGGGGCAGCGUCUUCCAGCUGGGGGAGCGGGACUACUUGUCCAUGCUGCUGGGGGCGAGGGCGGUCGCCGAGCUGCUGUGCGACAGGCUCGGCGUCCGCAGGUGUGCGCUGGUCGCCAGACCCCACAGAGGUCGGCCUGCUCAGAUCCGUGUUCUCCCCCUGCAUGGCCUGGGUGCUGAGUGGCGCCCUCACCUGGCUGGAGAGGAGGAGCACAACCCCUACGACCCAGGAUACUGCACGUCAAAGAGCGCCCCCCGCUGGACCGACUCCCGCCUGGCAGACAUCCAAGCCAGGAUCCGGGCCAAGCUCCCAUUCCCUGAAGCCCCGCCCAACCUCACCUUCCUGGGGGACGACCCCGCGCACCCCGGCCUGUUCUCGCGCAUCGUCCGCGGGGAGGAGCAGCAGUGGCGAGUGUGGGAGGACGAUGGCCACGUAGCCUUCCUCACCCCUUUCCCCAACUCGCCUGGACUCACUGUGCUGGUCCCACGCCGACCGCUGACCUCUGACAUAUUCAGACUAGAAAAGGGGGAUUAUGAAGGACUGGUGCUGGCGGCCCGAAAAGUCUCGAGGCUUCUUGAGGAGGGGUUGGGCGCCUGGGGGGUGGGGCUUAUUUUUGAAGGCUUUGAGAUCGACUACGCCCACGCCAAGCUGAUUCCACUACUUCCACCCCCAUCGUCAGGGGAAGGGGACGCCGCUGCUCCACCGCCUCCUGCCCAGCGGUACUCCAUCUAUCCCGGGUACGUGACCUCAGAGGACGGGCCUGAGGCCAGCCUGGAAGAUCUGAAGGAGUUACACGCCAAAAUCACUCAGAUUUAAACCUGAUUUAAGCCUGAGUUUAAAUCUUUGUGAUGUUUUAAAGACUGUCAGCAUUAUCAGAUGUUAUCAGAGGAGUUGAUACAGGAAACCUGCUGUUUCCUGGUUCUCUAGGAAAUUAUAUUUCUGUGUACUAUACCUCCAAAGUAAACCAAAGAGAGCCUUCUUUCACUAUGCAACCCGUUUUUGCACUUUGAGUUUCUAAGAUCCUUUUUUAAGAUGAACCACUUUUUGCCUUAUGUACCUGUGCUGGUCUGGAAAAUCUAAAAAUGAAUGGAACGUUACUGUAAAUAUUUACAGGUCUUGAAAAUGUUCAGGAAUUCCACAAAAAUUUUGGAGAAAGUUUGGAAAAUAUUCUAAUCUAGACUUUCGUUUAAUAUAAUUGUGCUGUUUGUGAUUAUGAAUAAUAAUCUUGCUGGAGAGUGAUAUGGACAAUAUCAACACACCGUACAUCACAUUGAACUGGGACCAAAAUCUUUUCAUUUGGUGAAGUACUUAAUAUUUUGAAAAAGAUAAACAUUUUUACAUGUUAAAUACAAAGGAACCUUAUUUCUUAACUAACAUUUGGUAUUAUAAAUACUCUUUGCCUGUUUUCCUCUGACCUUCCCUCUGUGCCAAUUUCUUAUCAUCUUGACUUUUGUACAACAUGAACCUCCGGAGACUUCUCACAGGAAAGUGCAUAUGGUGUCAGGAAACAGGAUGUAUCUCCAUCCUUGAGCCUUGCACAUGUACUGCUAUUGUGUACAACCUAAAAAAAAAAAAAAAAAAAAAAACAGGAUGCCUUGCAUAUUUUUCCACAUAGGCACCAGAAAGUUACAUUUAUCUUGAUUUUAAUACAUUAAUACUAAAAUGAGACUUAUUCUCUGCACUUUCUUGUAAUGAGCAUUUUUAUUUACUGAUCAAUAAAAAUGUAUCAGUUUAAUAUUA